AUGUCCACCAUUGCCAACAAGAUUCUUCGUACCGCCAACGCACCCACCACUGCCCCCGAUGAAACCGAAAAGAGCGUCGCCCAGGCUCUGAUUGACCUUGAGAACAACGUCCCGGAACUCAAAAAUGAGCUUCGCGCUCUCCAGAUCUCUGCUGCCCGCGAGGUUGACGUUCGUGGCGGCAAGAAGGCCAUCGUUGUCUUCGUGCCGGUCCCCCAAUUGAAGGCUUUCCACAAGAUUCAGCAAAGGCUGACCCGGGAGCUCGAGAAGAAAUUCUCCGACAGACAUGUCGUGUUCAUUGCCCAGCGCCGGAUGCUGCGCAAGCCCACUCGUACCUCGCGCGUCAAGCAGAAGAGACCCCGCAGCCGCACACUGACCAACGUCCACGAAAAGAUCCUGGAGGAUCUUGUGUUCCCCACGGAGAUCGUCGGCAAGAGGACUCGCGUCGCCGUCGAUGGCUCCAAGCUGUUGAAAGUUGUACUUGACUCGAAAGACGCGACAUCGUUGGAGUACAAGCUGGAUUCGUUCUCGUCGGUGUACCGCCGCCUGACGGGGAAGGACGUUGUGUUUGAGUUCCCUGCUGUAUCGCAGGAGUGA